AUGGCACCAGCAUCCACCUUUGUCGGUCUGCCGGUCAUCCCGCCGAACGACACCUCUCUCAAUGCCACGUCUCCCAAGCCUCGAGGCAUCCAGAAGGUGUUCGAGGCGAGAGAGCAGCCUGAGGGAGCUGGAGCCACAGUCAGACGCUCAGUCGGCACACCGAGACUUCGGCAUCUCUCGCCCUUCUUGAUGAUGGACCAUGCGAGCGUCGGACCAGGUGCCGGCUUCACAGACCAUCCACAUAGAGGAAUGGAGACAAUCACCCUCGUCCUUCGCGGGUCUAUCGAUCAUGAAGACUUCAGCGGCAAUAAAGGCGCCAUUGAAGUCGGCGACUUGCAGUUCAUGACUGCUGGCCGGGGCAUAGUGCACGCAGAGAUGCCUCGCGACAAAGGCGACGGCACGGAUAGCGUUGCCAUCCAAAUCUGGGUCGAUCUACCGAAGCAGUUGAAGGACUGCGAGCCGAGAUAUCGGGAUCUCAGAGCGAGCGAAAUUCCAGUUGCCAAGUCUGAGGAUGGAAAGACUACCGUCAAAGUCAUCAGCGGACGAAGCUAUGGCGUCGACAGCGUUCAGGAGCUUGCCUACACUCCCGUCUGGCUUCUAGACGUCGAGAUUCAGCCCGGUGGACGAUUCGUGCAGUCUCUGCCGGCAGGAUGGAACGCCUACGCCUACACUAUCGAGGGCAGCACAACAUGGAAUACCGGAGCCACGAAACAGGAAGUCCCUCAGCACCAUAUAUCCGUCUUCGAGCAGCAGGGCGAUCAAGUUGUGGCAGAGGUUCCGGCUGAUGCGAAAGAGACCGCUAGAAUCAUCGUCGCAGCUGGCAUGCCUCUGGAGCAGAACAUUGUUCAGCACGGACCGUUCGUUAUGACGACUCCCUUUGAGAUCAGGCAGGCGUUUAUGGACUUCUCGACGCAUAGCAAUGGAUUUGAAAGAGCGGACGGAUGGCAGAGUGAGAUUGCUAAGCCGCUUAUGGGAUAG